AGUCUGCUCUCUAUGCAAGCUCGCCAAUCUUGCAACGACUUUCCCCACUCCUUCUUCCCGCCACUGUCUUUCCAUGUGCGCCGCGCAUACAGCUCUCUCCCGAGCGGACUGCGCACGCAGGCGGGGUGGGGAGAUAACCGCUUGAAGCCCACCAUGGAAUAGGAAUACUAUCCUGGACAAAACAUACAGUUACACGGAGAAAACCUUCCUCUUUUUUUUCUGCCGUCUUUCCCUCCUUCCUCCCUGUCAAUGUAUCGCAACACUUUUUGAGGGGACCCGAGUGAAGAAACAUGAGGAUUAAUAUUUUCUCUUGGUACUUUCUGGGCUUGUGUUCCGUCCUUUGGGGUUUGACGACGGGAGCGUUCCCCAGCUCAGUGCAGAUUGGCGGCUUGUUCAUUAGGAAUACUGAUCAGGAAUACACUGCCUUUCGACUAGCUAUCUUCCUUCACAACACCAGCCCCAACGCUACUGAAGCCCCCUUCAACCUGGUCCCACAUGUCGACAAUAUCGAGACAGCCAACAGCUUUGCAGUCACCAAUGCAUUCUGUUCUCAGUAUUCAAGGGGAGUCUUUGCCAUAUUCGGCCUUUAUGACAAACGCUCAGUCAACACGCUGACAUCAUUCUGUGGGGCCCUGCACAUCAGCCUGGUGACACCCAGCUUCCCCACCGAAGGAGAGGCUCAGUUCACCCUGCAGCUGAGGCCAUCCAUCAGAGGGGCAUUGCUUUCCCUUUUGGACCACUAUGACUGGAGCCGAUUUGUCUUCCUCUACGAUACAGACAGAGGUUAUGCGAUCCUGCAAGCAAUCAUGGAGAGAGCGGGGCAAAAUGGCUGGCAGGUGAGUGCAAUUUGUGUGGAGAGUUUCAACGAGGCUGGAUAUCGCCGACUUCUAGAAGACCUGGACCGACGUCAAGAGAGGAAGUUUGUCAUUGACCUGGAGCCAGAGCGACUACAAAGCAUGCUAGAACAGGCAGUCAGUGUGGGAAAACACGUAAAAGGUUACCACUACAUCAUAGCAAACCUGGGAUUUAAAGACAUUUCUCUGGAAAGGUUCAUGCAUGGUGGUGCCAAUGUGACUGGUUUCCAGCUAGUGGACUUCAGCAAGGCUAUCGUCAUUAAACUGAUGCAGCGGUGGAACAAACUCGAUCAGAGAGAAUAUCCUGGAUCAGAGAGUCCACCCAAGUAUACUUCAUCCUUAACCUAUGAUGGUGUGCUCGUAAUGGCUGAAGCCUUUCGCACGCUUCGUCGUCAAAAAAUUGACAUAAGUCGACGGGGAAAUGCUGGCGACUGCUUGGCCAAUCCCGCUGCUCCCUGGAAUCAAGGAAUAGAUAUGGAACGAGCACUCAAGCAGGUGCGCAUUCAGGGCCUGACUGGCAAUAUCCAAUUUGAUCACUUUGGUCGGAGAAUCAAUUAUACCAUGGACGUGUUUGAACUGAAAAGCAACGGACCACGCAAGAUUGGUUACUGGAAUGACAUCGACAAACUUGUCUUGGUCCAGAAUGAAAAUUCCUUGUCCAAUGACAGCUCAGCGAUGGAGAACCGGACUGUAAUCGUGACAACGAUCAUGCCUCUGAUGAAGAAGAAGCCUCUGCUGCGACACUGAAGAAACAGCAACUCACUGCAAGUCAACUGAGUCCCAACCUUUGGAGAAUGACAAAGAUUUUUGCCCAUUGAAUUUAACCAUAAAUAAAUUCCUCAAGUCCUUCAUUCAACUUUUUCACCUGUAAUUAUGUCAAAUGCCUUCCUUAAUGGUCAUUCAGCACCAUCAAUGCAACACUGACACUGUUAACAUGAGAAAUUCAGUGAGAUAUGGGCCCAUUUACACGCUUAGCUCGACCCUUCUAUGUACUAUGUAGAUGAUUCAUGCAUGCCUGCCUUUAGGCCACUACAGAAAAAAAAAAUCACAAGCACUACGAGUAGGAAGAAAGAAUUGAACUGCACUCGUGAUCAAUUGUUAAGUCGUGUGGCGUUUCCCAUUGUGCUUAGCAUGCAGUUGUUUGUAUUACAAAUACAUUGUAAUUUCUUGAUGCUGUUUCCUGCCCUUGGUUUUAUGGCUAAUAAAAAACGUGUUUGGGGUUGUGUGUGUUUAGAAUAGUUGCCAACAUUUGAUUAAACAGUGAAAUCACACUUUAUUGUUCCACUGUAUAUUAUCAAGCCAACCGUUAUACUACAAUAUGCAAAUUUGUCAGCCAGCAUUAGUCCCAUAGCAACAUAGUCAUUGAUGUAAUAAUUCUAAUAAUGAGUUUUUGUACCAAAAGUUUCAAUUCUCCCACCAACAGGUUACUGUGAAACAGUUAAGGUUAACAUGUCCCUCUGGAACUUGACCAAGCGGCACGAUGACUGCAGAACUAAACGUUGAAGUGUUUUGCUCUUUUUAUGUCUCGAUAGCUCAGAGACAAUCAUGCUGACUCACUUGGCCAAUACAUCAGUGAAUGCAUGAUUAUGUGCUGUAAUUUAACUAAUUGAGGAAUGAAUGGACUGAUUAUCCAUCCGACAGACUGAAAUAGGCUGUGACCGCUUGGCUCGGCCCUCUGGCUGUUGCAAUGGAUGGCUCAGGGCUGAUUUAAUGCCUCUGCCGUUGGUUAUUCAUUAUGUGACAUUUUAGCGUUUUGUAACGCUGAACUGAUUGUUUGAAUGAGUGGACUUUUCAAUGUCCAGCUGUUUGCCCCAUCGAGCAAACUGGCUCAAACGGCGAGUAUUAACUGUCUCCGUGGCACGGAUCGGGAACCUUUUAUGCCUUAUCAGCCCCAACCAUUUGCUCCUACAAAGCUGUUUCAACCCGGCAACUUUUUUGUACUUCACAGCCAUUUGGAUCAUUUGUUGUCACUCGUUUUGUUGCUCCCUCCUAAAUGGUGUACCUUUUCUCUCUUUAUCUCUUUUUCACACAUUCCCGUUUAUUCAAAUUCUCCACGUUUCUACCUCCAUUUGAACUAAUCCGAUGUUUCAUCUUACCAUAUCUGGUGUUUCAGCCUGGAUUUACAUUACCAGGUUCAAGUGAGCUCUUUCAAGUCAGACUUUUUUGCUUUCAUAUUUUAAGGUUAAGAAAAAAGAAUCUCAUGGAAUCAGGUAACCUGAGAUUAGAAUCCAGUCUCUUUCAAAUAUGCAUUUUAAUCAUACAAGAAUUAGAUGUCUGCUAAUGUAAUUGCAGAUAUAUCACAACACAUUGCACCAGAUACAGUGUAUGUCCUGUCAAUGUGGGCCUGACAUCAUUGAAAUAUGCAAAUUGAUUAUUGUCUACCCAAAGAACACACAUGUUGAGUAAAAUAACACACCUAAGGUCAAUCAAGCAUAAACCCAAGCGUAAUUAAAUAUGGCCUAAUAUGAUACAUGACAUCUGCAUGGAUCAUUAAAUAAAUAAAACACAUUUGGUACUAGCAUGCGGAUUAAUAAUGAGAUUUUCUUCAUUUAAACCUAACAAUAAAUAAUAUAAUCUGAUAUUCAGUAUUUGUAUGACUAAAUGUACUUAUUUAUAAUUAUUUUAGUGUUGCUGCUAUAUAUAUAUAUAUUUUUUUUUAAUUUUAACUUUAUUAUGAAUAGUUUUGUGGACACAUUUUCUGUGGCCGACUUCGUAGAGUUAUCUGAAUUUGAAUUUAAAUUUAAACAGCCAACGCAUUACUCUUUCUUCGUCACAUUCACGUGCUGAUUUUGCACUUAUUUACCCCCAUUUCCACAUUUUGACACCCAUUCCUUGCCCUGGUGCAGCACAAAAACGCAUGAUAACAAGUAGCAAACUCGCACAAAUACACAGUCACACACGCAUUACGAAUUACUUUCACAGUGAGGCAAAGGUAUCAGGAGCAAACUGAUAAAAAAAACAUUAAGGCGACUUUGAAAUGAAAAUGUUCCCGCUGUGCAUGUUUGUGUCCAUGUGUGCAUGCGUGCGUUCAUUGCUUUCAUCAUAUUCGCUCCGUAGAGUGAGCUGAUUUUAACCACUUAACCUUCUAACAUAAUGGACUUGAGGAUGAGGGCAAUUUGAGAGUGAUUAAGUUUUCCUUUUUAGAGUAUGUAAAGUAAUUGAUUCAAUCGGUGAUAGGAACGUUUAAAAUUAUGGCAAUCUCACAGAAUGCUAUGCAAUUGACAGUAACGACAUAGAAAUAUAAAUUAUUAUUAUUAUUAUAUUUCAAACUAUUCUUGUUCUACUGUUCUCUUUGUACCUACUGGAUAUAAUUUCCCAAUUUGCACAGGAUCUUGUUUAUUUAAUAACAUUGUUAAAACUUCCAAAUAAACCAAUUUAAUUUGAUGUGAUGCCGGCAAAUAAUAUUAAUAUCAAGCAAACAGCAAAUGAGAUUAAACUGUGAAUGUCGACAAUAUGCUCAUUCGGGUAAUAUUCCCAGUCUGUGAGCAUCUUAGAUUGCUGUGUUGAACUAUUAGAAGACGCAAGUCUGGUGUUCAUUAAUUUUACGAUUCAUGUUGAGUCGAUGGAAUGAGCACCCAGGGACCUGCAAAUGUUUCUUCUAAUGUCAUUGGAGGAGAAUCAUUUUUGUGAGUUUUGACAAAAUGGGGCAAUAUAUUCAUGUGAUGGUUAUAUUAAAGAUGAUUAAAGAGUAAAGUCUAAUAUAACUAAACUAAGGAAAUGCUGUGGUUACCUUUGGAGCACACAACUUUUACAGUAAUUUAAAGGCACUGUAUAGAGACAAAAUUGUGCACUGGAGGCAGCCUGAGGAAGGUCAGUGUGUCCGAAACAUUGUGGGAUUAAAAGACUUAAAGAGUGAGAGCGUGUACGGGAGUUUUUCCUUCUUUUAGUUAUUCUAUUCUCCUACGUGACCUGUUACUAAAGUAGUACAGGGUAUUGGGACAAAUCAGUUUACAGGAAGUGAUAUAGAUGAAAAUAUGAUUACUCCCCUGGUAAGACUCUUCGCAAGAUGUUGGAGUGUAUCUGGGAGAUUUUGAGCCAGAAUAAUAUUUGAAAGGUCAGAGGUGAUGUUGGAGCUGAGAUUGUGCCUGUUCUGGUUAAUCUGAAAGGUCAAGUUCUUCCAGACCAAAAAAAACGUGUGUUGUGUUUCGUCUCGCAUUGCAUGGCCAUCAUUGACAACAUCCAUAAUGCACUGCUGUGACCUGAAAAUUACUUGUAUCUGUCCACAGCACAAGAUGGAAAGUGGUUACAUAUCGUUCCACCUCUGCAUCCUUGAUAAUUCAAUCACAAAUCGGAUAGUGGGUGUGUUUGUGCAUAGCAUGGUGAAAGAAGUCCGAAAAUUAAAAAAAAAGAAAAAGAAUUUACAGAAUGCAUGUUACUUAUUGAGGUGUCUGUCUGCUUUCAUUUAAUUCUAUUUUACAUUGUAUUAAUUUUUACCACACUGGUUUUGGGGCUGGAACAGAUUAAUUGCAUUUCCAUUCAUUUCAAUGUGAAACAUUACCUAGAUUUAGGAACAUUUCAGAUUACAGAUGGGUUCCUGGAACCGAUUAAGUUUGUAACUCGUAAUUCCACUGUAAAAUAAAAAAAGAAAUAAUAAAAAAAAACUAUUCUUCUUCUUUAGUAAUCUGCAUCUGAUCAUAAUCAUGGUAAUACAAUUCCAAUAAAUUAAGUUGUUCACAUUUUAUUGUCGUGCGCAUUAGAACAUUUCAAUGCUAACAUUUGUCAUUUUCAACCACAUUGAAAAAGACUAUUUGAUCAAUUAGAAGAGAUUUAUGUUAGAUUAAAAGGAGCUCAACUGCAUUUUAAUAGGCUUGGUUCAAUUGGAUUAUAAGAUUAGCAGCCUCAGGCAUUAUACAAUAAUUCAUCGAUGUUGAUAGAUGUACGCAUGUUUGUACACGUGUUUGUGAAUACGUCGGUGUGUAAUUUCGAAUUCUUACAAUGCACCCACCAAACCAUUAGAGUUGCAUUUUGCUUUCAUCUUGCAAACUGCAAACCCAAAAAGUCGUUUUGCCUUUGACAACACGCCUUCAAAGCCACAGUGUUCUUGCCUCGCCUGUAUUUCCCUUCAGUUGAACAUCGGCAACUCUGAGGCAGGUGCACGCCCCAGUGGAGACACGUCAAGGCAGAUAAAGAUAAGACAUAAGGCACAACAAAGUCUGAAUUCUUCACAUACAAAGCACCCAGAUAUAUGUGGAAAGAACCCAUGUAAUCAUUUAUUCUCUCUUUUAUCAUAGAAUCUGCACUUGAGUGGUGUUUCCUUGAAAGAAAAAAAAUCUGUGUUCGCUCCUCUCGCUCACGUUUCUAUUUGCCUUUUGAGCUCUCAAAUGUCUCUCGAGUCAUUUUGGAUGAAAAGGAUGUUGCAGCAACAAAUCGGCGGUUGCCAAACUUUUCGAUAACCACAAUAGAAUUUUAUGUUGUGAAGAAGGAACUGUAAAACUAACAGAAAUAUUAUGAUCUUUCUGUAGCACUUAAGCUGUCAAUCAAUGUAUACUUAAUUUUGUUGCUGUAAUGCUGAAAUAAAUGUGAUUUUACUCUUUAUUGA